GAGGGAAAGACUGCGCUUGUUACCGGAGGUUCCUCAGGCAUCGGCGAGGCGAUCGCGCUGAGAUUCGCCGCCGAGGGAGCGCGGAUCGCCGUCGCCGGCUCCUCGAGUCUGGCCAAGGCACAGGGCGUCGUGGACAAAAUCGAAGCGGCGGGCGGUGCGGCCCAGGCCUUUGUCGGCGACGUGCGCGAUGUGAACGCGGUCAAGGCGCUGGUUGCCGACGUGAAGGCGGCGUUCGGGCGCAUCGACAUCCUGGUCAACUCGGCCGGCAUCUUCGAGCCCAAUUUCAUCGGCGAGACGACCGAGACCCAGUACGACGAGAUGAUGGACAUCAACGUCAAGGGCUCCUUCUUCGCCAUCAACGAGGUCGCGCCCAUCAUGAUCGAGCAGGGCGGCGGCAAGAUCGUCAAUCUCUCGUCCGUCUGCGGCAACAUGGGGUUCAAGACCUUCUCCGUCUAUUGCGCGACGAAGGCGGCGAUCAACCUUCUCACCCGCUCGCUGGCGCUGGAGCUCAGCCCCCACAACAUCGCGGUGAACGCGAUCCUGCCCGGCAACACGGCGACGCCGAUGAACGAGAAGAUCCGCUCCGAGCCGCAGUUCAAGGAGAUGCUGGAGGGCAUGAGCGCGGUGACGCCGAGCACCCGGACCUAUUCGGACGCCGACGACAUGGCCUCUGCCGCGCUCUUCCUCUGCUCCGAGGACGGCCGCGCCGCCCACGGCUCGCUCAUGCUGCUCGACGAGGGCAUUUCCUGCGGCCUCUGA